CAGCGCGGCCGCGGUGGAGCGCACUUUUUGUGCUUGAGCUUGAGAGCCGCGGUGGAGAGAGACCCUCUGCGCACACGUCGUGCGGAAAAUAAUUUUCCGGUGAGGAGGCCCCUGAAUUACGCGGAUCCGCCAUGCCUGGACGCCCACUCUGGCAGGUUGCUGGCAAGCGCGAAGCAAGCCAGGAAGCUGAAGCUCAGCAAUGGAUGGAGACUGUAAUCGGCCAAAGAUUUCCACCUGGCGUAAGUUAUGAAGAUGCUCUGAGGGAUGGUGUUCUACUCUGCAUGCUCAUGAAUAAAUUGCAGCCCGGUCUGAUCUCCAAAGUCAAUACAUCCGGUGGAGAUUACAAAAUGAUGGACAACCUUAAUCAGUUCCAAAAAGCCUGCGUAAAAUACGGAGUACCUGACGUAGAUCUCUUCCAAGCUGUCGAUCUGAUCGAACGUAAAAAUAUCGCUCAAGUGACAAACACCAUCUUUGCCAUUGGACGAACGACAUAUAAGCACCCGGAAUGGCGCGGACCCUGGCUGGGCCCGAAACCAUCCGAGGAGAACAAGAGAAGCUUCACGGAGGAGCAGCUAAGGGCUGGCGAGGGACUCAUCGGUUUGCAAGCUGGUACCAACAAGGGAGCUACACAAGCCGGGCAAAACUUUGGGGCUACGAGAAAGAUUCUUCUUGGAAAAUAAUGUAAAAAAUUUACACUUUUUUAUCGCCGUUAGAAAGAACUGUUUUUUUUUUGCGUAACGAGAUGACCUUUUAAAUGGAUAUGCGCAUCGUAACAUGAAUUAAUUUGUUAAAAAUAUUUAACCAUAUAUAUGUUUAGUGUUUUCGAAAGGAAUAAAGUUUUAUCAUUUUUUUUCAUGAUUAGAAGCCAUCAAGUAUAUAAUUGUUGCGCGGGAGAAAUUACGUAAAUGAACGCAUAAAUGUUAGACGCGUUCACUAUUUUGUAGCCUUAAUUUUAGCGCGUUUCACUUCUAAUCUAACGUGAGUGUAUCCGACACAAAAUGUAAUUUUACGAAGAAAUCAAUAUAUACGACAAGUGCAUCAAGAGA